AUGCAUCUCGCAACGCUCGCUUCUCUCGUCGCUCUCUUUUCCUCGUUCCAGCUCUGUGUUGGGUAUGUCGCACAGUCUCGGUUGCAUGAUCCAAGAUGCACCAAGACCACCGUAGCUGUCCUGGGCGGAGGGAUGGCCGGCGUCACUGCUGCGCAAGCACUUUCAAAUGCAUCAAUGAAUGAUUUUAUCAUUGUCGAAUAUAGAGAUACCCUGGGAGGUCGGGUCUGGCAUACCGACUUUGGACAGCGCCCGAACGGCGAGCCGUGGGUGAUUGAAUAUGGCGCCAACUGGGUCCAAGGACUUGGGUCGAAACAUACCGAAAACCCAGUCUGGAGUCUGGCGAAGAAGUAUCAGCUCGAAAACACGUUCUCCAACUACGACUCGAUCCUCACGUACAACGAGACCGGCUACACGGACUACAGCGACCUCCUCGACGAAUACUCUGCCGCAUCGGAACGGGCCUCUGAGCGCGCUGGACGGAUUUUGAAUAAUAACAUCCAAGACAUGACCGCGCGGUCCGGCCUCGCAUUGGCCGGCUGGAAACCACGGCGAGACGACAUGGCAGCGCAGGCAGUGGAAUGGUGGAACUGGGAUUGGGAGGGCGCCUACACCCCCGAAACCAGCUCGUUCGUCUUUGGCGUCGCCUCGGAGAACCUGACCUUCAACCAGUUCGGCGACAAGAACAACCUUGUCGUCGACAGGCGCGGCUACAGCGCCAUCAUCCAAGGCGAGGCAAACACCUUCCUCCGCCGCAACGACACGCGGCUCCGCCUGGACACCCAAAUCACCGACAUCGAGCACGGGCCCUGGGGCAUCACCGUCCGCAACGCCGACGGCUCCUGCAUCAGCGCCGCCUACGCAAUCUGCACAUUCUCCCUGGGCGUGCUGCAAAACGACGCCGUCGACUUUGCCCCCGCCCUCCCAGACUGGAAACAAACCGCCAUCGCCAAGUUCAACAUGGGCACCUACACCAAGAUCUUCCUGCAAUUCAACGAGACCUUCUGGCCAAACAACACGCAGUUCUUCCUCUACGCCGACCCCACAACCCGCGGGUACUACCCAGUCUUCCAGUCCCUGUCAACAGAAGGCUUCCUCCCAGGCUCAAACAUCAUCUUCGUAACCGUCGUGCAAGACCAAGCAUACCGCGUAGAGCGCCAGUCAAACGAGCAGACAAAAGCCGAAGUCAUGCAGGUCCUCCGCGCCAUGUUCCCACACAAGACCAUCCCCGACCCCAUCGCCUUCACCUACCCGCGCUGGUCCACCGAACCCUGGGCCUACGGCUCCUACUCCAAUUGGCCCGCGGGCACAAGUCUGGAAAUGCACCAGAACCUCCGGGCGAACGUGGACCGGCUGUGGUUCGCCGGCGAGGCGACGAGCGCGCCGUACUUCGGGUUCCUGCACGGCGCGUACUAUGAAGGGCGCGAGGCGGGGCGCAACGUCGCGGCGCUGCUGAGGGGCGAGUGUGUUUCUAUAUAUGGGGUGCAGACGUGUGGUCCGCGUGCGCAUUAUGAGGUGCUUCAUGGGACGACGCCGUCGUCGGCGUAUACGGGUUCGAAUGGGUGGCCGGUUAAUAGUACGAGUGUGCAUGCUUAG